AAAACCAAAAAACACACUGUUACCAAGAAACCCUGCUCAGCCCUUCAAUACCGGCUCCUGCCCUGCACAGCGUAAGGUGCCUGUAGAGAACAAUGUCAGCAUAACUGAGUGAAUGCCCAGAGCCACGUCUGGAUCUCUGCAGUGCCGGGGGGAAGGCAGCCCAGUGCCGCUGCUUUGCGGUGGAUUCAAGCUCUCCAAAUCCCCUCCACCUUGUACGGAUAAACGCUAUGAAACACUAUGCUUUACUGGAUUUGACAGUAUGGGACUAGCAAACAUAUAUCACUGGAGCAGUCUGCAUUGUGAAAUCGAAACAGAAGUGAAAUAAAUUGGGGGAACAGACAGAUUUAUCAUUCCCCAACUACAGUAUAUCAUUUUGUAAAAAAAAAAAAAAAAAAAAAAAAAAAAAAAAAAAAAUUUUAAACAAUGAAGCCACUGACAUGGACUUUUUUUGCAAUAUUUUAUCUGUCAGCCUGGGUAGAAUGUAGAAAACUGCAUUUACAAACUAGUGGUGCAUCACCACACAGGAGGAACCCCAGGUCAACCGACGAGGAGGAGAUCAAUAAGAAAUGCUCGUACACCUUCCUGAUCCCCCAGCAGAAGAUCACAGGGCCCAUCUGCGCAAAUGCCAAGGGGCCGGUGCCUGACAAGGAGCGCGUGACCCGCAUGGAUCUGGAGGACCUGAAAGAGAUCCUGUCCAAGCAGAAGAGGGAGAUUGAGACGCUGCAGCUGGUGGUGGACGUGGACGGAAACAUUGUGAACGAGAUGAAGCUGCUGAGGAAGGAGAGCCGCAACAUGAACUCCAGGGUCACCCAACUCUACAUGCAGCUCCUGCACGAGAUCAUCCGCAAGAGGGAUAACUCCCUGGAGAUCUCCCAGCUGGAGAACAAGAUCCUCAACGUCACCUCUGAGAUGCUCAAGAUGGGCAGCCGCUACAAGGAUCUGCAGCAGCGUUACACGGAGCUGGCUGGGCUGGUCAAUAACCAGUCAGUAAUCAUCACCAUGUUGGAGGAGCAGUGCAUGCGCACCUACACCAGGAAGGACCUCCCUGCCAUGCCUCCUCUGGUGCAGGUGGUGCCCGAGCACAUCCCCCCAAACAAUCGCUACAGCAGCAGCCUGUAUGGUGGCAACGAGAUCCAGAGAGACCAGAACCAGGCUUACUACAGGGACAUGGGGAUCCGAAUGGACCCAUCCCCAACCUCCGUGGCUCUGGGGAUCCCCCCUGCACAGGGGACGGCCAUCUCCGAUGGCCCUUUUAAAGACUGUUACCACGUCCGUAAGGCUGGCUAUACAACCAGUGGGAUCUAUCUGAUCAAACCUGACAACAGUGAUGUGCGGAUGCAGGUGUGGUGCGAGCACGGACUGGACAACGGGGGCUGGACAGUCAUCCAGCGCAGGAUGGACGGCUCGGUCAACUUCUUCAGGAACUGGGACAAUUACAAGAAAGGGUUUGGUAACAUCGACAAUGAAUACUGGCUGGGUCUGGAGAAUAUCUACAACCUGGCAAAGCAGGGGAGCUAUAGGCUGCUGAUCGAGCUGGAGGACUGGACAGACAAGAAGGUGUACGCCGAGUACAGCAGCUUCCACCUGGAGCCCGAGAGCGAUUUCUAUCGGCUGCGACUGGGCACGUACCAAGGGAACGCCGGGGACUCGCUCAUGUUGCACAAUGGCAAGCAGUUCACUACGCUGGACAGGGACAAGGACGCUUUCUCAGGUAACUGUGCCCAUUUCCACAAGGGCGGCUGGUGGUACAACUCAUGUGCGCAGUCCAAUCUAAACGGGGUGUGGUACCGCGGAGGGCACUACCGCAGCAAGUUCCAGGACGGGAUCUACUGGGCAGAGUACCGAGGGGGGUCCUACUCCCUCAGGGAGGUUCAAAUGAUGAUCAGACCCAUUGACUGAAGAGUGGAGACUAUCCAACAGCAUCAACUUGCUGAAAUAAUACCCCCUUCCUUCCUUCCUCUAUACAUGUUUUAUAUAAGUACAACCAUCCUCAAAAAAUAGAAAUUAAAAUGAAUAAAUGUAUGUACUCCUCCUGAUGGAAAUGUGAUACGUUUGGAUUACUGUUCCAGAGAGAGAACUUCAUUUCAGGCUACAAGCUCUUCUGCUGGAAGCAAAGCAACUGGCCUUUGCUCAUUAUCACAGUAACUUCCACACUCCCACCCAGGGCUGGGUGCUGUGGAGCCUCCGUCCAGCAUUCUGCUAGAGGAAAUGACAAACACACACACACUGAAAUAUUCCUACAUGCUUGUGACAUGCUUUUCAAAAAGAUUAAAACACCUGUAAUUCAUCCUAGGAAUGAAAUAGGUUGAGGAAAAAACGGGCAUUUGAUGUAUUGAUGUUUUUAUAUUCAAGUAUCUUAAAACGUCUAAUAUUUAAAUAAAAUAAUACUAAAUGUUUUAUCCCAAACUAUGUUCUGCACUUUCAACUACAUUAUGCUAGGCUUGGUAUGUUAAUAUACUUGGCCUGGUUUGUCAUGCUUGCAAUCGUCCUUUCUGAGUUAUUUAUCAGCUCAUGCUUGAUUGUGUUUGUACUGUUCCGGUGAUGUUGUAAAUUCUGUAAACGUAGUUUACAGCAAAUCGGAAUUUCCAACCCAGUCACAGCCACCAGCCCCCCCCCCCUUCCCCUCCCCCACAAGCAAACAAGCCAGAGACCCCACAGACAGGAGAUGGACGGAAACGCCAACUCUGCCUCCACAUACAAUCACAAAAUAAAAGAUUUUUAAAUGA